UGCCCGUCGAGCGAGCGGCCUGCCAACCGGGGCAGGCGGGAGGCGCCCGUGGCCCGAGCCCUGGCAGGCGGCGGCGGCGGCGGCGGCGAUGGAGUGGAACUCGCUGCUGAUGCUGCUGGAGGCCGCCGAGUACCUGGAGCGGCGGGAGCGCGAGGCCGAGCACGGCUACGCCUCCGCCCUGCCCUUCGAGCGGGCCUGCGCCCGGAGGAGGAGCGCCGCCAGGAAGGGCCCCGGCAGCCGAUCCUCACAUAAUGAAUUAGAAAAACAUAGGCGGGCGAAGCUGAGGCUCUAUUUAGAGGAGUUAAAGCAGCUGGUUCCUUUAGGCGCCGAGAGCACCCGGCACACCACCCUCAGCCUCCUGAAAAGGGCCAAGACACACAUUAAGAAGUUGGAAGAACAGGACCGGAAAGCUCUGAACAUCAAGGAACAAUUGCAGCGAGAACAUCGGUACCUGAAGCGCAGGUUGGAGCAGCUCUCCGUGCAGGGCCUGGAGCGAGUCCGCACGGACAGCCUCGGAUCAACGAUAUCGACCGAUUCGGAGCAAGAGGUGGACAUUGAGGGGCUGGAAUUCACCCCGGCCGAAAUGGACAGCAGCGGAAGCGCCAGCGAGGCAGAAGACAGCUUGCAAGGCAGCUCGAGCGACAGCGGCUACGCCCGGCCCCACAGACGCAGCCACGCCCGGCUCCUGUAGUCUCUGCUGCUCGGCUCUCCUCCCGGAAGCCUUGCCUCCUCCCCCGCGGCCCUCGACCUGCCACCCUUCCGAAAGCGGCCCUGGGGAAGAGGCCUCCAACCCCCCCCCCCCCCCAGGGGCUCCCCAGGCUACGGAUAAUACCGCAGUAGAAAUCAUGGGUUUUGGAUUUCCCCCUGCAGAUUAGAUAACGUUUUGGGUGAAAGUUCCUUCCUGUGCCCACUCCACAAGCCCCCCUACUCAUUGCGGGGGGCUUGGUUGAAGUUUAGAAGUUCCGCUUUUGAAUAAAUGACUUGGACCCAUUGAGAUAAAUCGUUCCAGAUGUUAAAAUCCGAAGGGACACGGCAGGGAACUAACAAAUUGGUAUAAGGCAUAAGAAUGUGGCUUGGCCAACGACCGGGCACCAGGCUUCCCUCCCGGCAGACCUUGGCGGAUGCAACUGAUUCAAAACUGCAAAAAAUCCCCUUUUCUCGUGCGCGUCCUGCCUCCUUCGCAGCUUCCUUGGAUUCUUGGAAAAGGAAAAGGUGAAGCUUCUAAAGUUUGAUUGCCAUUUUCUAAAAAAGAUAGUUUGCAAAGGCUGCUUCUGCUGCUGCGGUGGCUCCUCCGGGCCGUUUGGAGACAGGGAGGAUGUGGCGUUGAUCGGCUAAAAAGUGUGCGUGGGGGUUCUUUAAAAGGAGGAGGAGGAGGAGGAAAGCUGUUAAUCAGGCAGUGACCCCCCCCCCCCAGCUUCCCCUGUUUUGUAGCAGCUCAUUCCAGCUACUCUAGCAGCGCCCUCCCUCCCGGCAGCUUCUUCGGUAGGCCAGACGGCCAGGCAGGAUGGGCUUCUGAUGCCCAGAGACCGCCAGGGCCUCCCCCCGCCCCCCCCGGAGGCUUUUACCAAUAAGGCUGCACCGGAAGGUCUCCGGGAUUCGUUCUAGCACCACCAGCUGCCCGUCCUGCUUCUCCAGCUUUUCCCUGUCUUAGAACCGUUCAGGACUCUGCCCUCCUCCUCCUCCUCCUCCUGCGCUCAGGGAAAUCCCGAGACAUUUCAGUGCAAGAAAGGAGUCAGGUAGGCCAGGUAGGGGGCGCACCUUUGGCGGGGGCUCAGGUGUGGCAGCCAUUGUUGCGUUUGAUCAAGGAUCCCCCCCCCCCCCGGGAGGGGGUGUCCCAGUUUGUCUCCUCUUGCAGGCAGGAACUAUGAAAGAAGCUUCUGGAUCAGGAAAGGCUUAGUUGGAGCUCUGGGCUUCUUGGACUGGAUUGCAGGUAGUCCUUGACUUACAACUGCUGCCAUGUGACCAAUCUGAUUUUGCAACCCUUUUUGUGACGGCCGCCAUGGUCGUUAAACGUAGUUGUUAAAUGAAUCAGUGCUUUGCUCUGGGCACAGUUUCCAAAACACAAAAGAAAAGAAGCAAAGUGCUACUUUUUUGACAAAGCUGUCCUAAAACGGGUCACGUGGCCACGGGAGGCUGCCGAUGGACGUAAGUGCCCUGGAGUUGCCCAGCACUCAAAAUCCAGCCAUGUGACUGCGGGGGGGGGGGAGAGGGGGGCACCCUUGGAGAUUAAAGUCUGGGCCUCAAGUAGCCUCAAGGCAGAUCCAUCAUCGGGACCGAACGGUUGCUAAGCGACCAGUUCAAUAUUUCAGUAUUUUUAUUGGCGGGUUUUGAAUCUCGGCAUCUCCCCAGGUCGGAUAAUUCAGGCAGCCCUGUGUGGUUUCUCUCUGGAGGUGCCAAUAAACUGAAAGGAAAGUUUAGCUUUACAUUUCAGUAUUGAUAACUGUGAUUUCUAGGCUAUCCUGGCAGUUUCCAAAAUUAACAAAAUACUCUUUUAAGAUUGCCUCAUUCAUUUAGCACUCGUCAAAGCUUUUUAGAAUGUAGUUUUGCUCCACUUGUAGCAAUAUCGCAGAGUUGUAAUUGAAAACAGUUUAAGCUUAGUGAAGUAAUUAGUCUGGCUUGCUGAUAAUUAAAACUGGACCAAUCUUUGCAUUUUUAAAAAGAAAAAGUGAUAAAAAGCUAUAUACUCUUAUAGCCACCUGGUUUAUUUCCUAUAGGUAUAUUUCCUAUCAAAUAGUCUUUAUUGUAUUUUCCUAAUUCUUCUGAACUACUUAAGUAGAGAAAGGAGAUACUGAACCCAACCGGAGUCUCAGGGACUCUUCAUGUUUAUCAUAUUGUGCCUUGUGAACUUUCCUUCCUUCCUUCCUUCCUUCCUUCCUUCCCUAAGUCAGAAUUCUUGAUGGUGUCAUUUUGCCUCAGAUGAAAUAUUGCGCUUACUUUACCUUUCCACAAAUGGGAAAAGGACGCACCCACCUAUUCCCAUAAUCCCACCCCCCUUCCUUAGUGAAAUAUGUAAUACUUGUGCCUCUUUGAGAAGUGGGCUGCAAGAAACUCCCGGUGCUUUGCUCCAGAAAUUGGUAUCCUUCAACACACGCGUGUUCAGCCCUAGCGGUUGAAAUGAGCGGGUCCCCUUCAGAGGCACCCAGGGACACCCCCCCUCCCCCAGGGGAGCCCGGCCGGCGCUGGACUCUGGCGCAGACCUUCCUCUUUAACCGGGGCAGCGGGAUGCAGGAUCAAAUCAGUGCCUUUGGCUACUCAAACCCAAAACUACAAUUAUGUGCUUUUCAGCAUUGAAGAUUUUUAAUCUUAAAGUAUAUCCUGCUGGGAUGGACGAACUUCUCAUUUUGUUGGUCUCUUUAUGUUCAGUUAUACUUCCUUUCCCUUUGGUGCUACAAAUCAGAAAAUUAGGAAUUCAGUUCUGGCAGCUUGUGACUCUUGAGGACCUCGGAUUUGUCCUCAAGGAUAAGGUGGAUUAAAUGACCUUUUGUCGCCAUCCUUCCUUUGUCCAUGAGGAGAGCCGUAAGGUUGUUUCCGACAGCUGCAUUUCAGAUUAAUAAAAUCUGUUACUUUGCUAUUAUUUAGCACUCCUCGUAUGCUAAACGCUUUGUAUAUUUCUGACGUCCCCACGGGGAAGGCUAUACAGCAAUAUAAGGAUUGUGUGUGGCUGAUAACAGCAGCAUUAAUUACUAAUUCCUUUUGAUUAUUUUGGUUCCAAUUUCCAAAUCAGUGCUUUUUCUUCUAGAGGCUUCAAUAACCGUUAACGGGGAAAAUCGCUAGUAAUGUUAGUUUCCUCUUACAAUAUAAUGAAUUUACUCAUGGCUUUUAGAACCUUUGUUUCAUGAAAAGCAAUUCUUGCACAGAACUUUCCUACCGGAAAAAAUAUAUAUAUAUGGGAGAAUGGAAAA